CAAUUGCUCCCAGUAAAAAUAAAGAAAAACUUAGGACUAGUCUCUACUCUCUAAUAUCACACUCACACCCAUGCUUUGAAGCACAAGCGAGAGUUGAAAACUCCAUCAUGCUUAAAUUCCUCAACAAGAACCUUCGCCGCCUCAGCUCCCACCUCCGCUGGCCACCACGACAUCGUUCCAAGCCCACUCCCAAACCUCCUCCUCCUCCUCCCAAACCAAUACGAAUCGCAACGUUCAACGCCGCAUUCUUCUCCAUGGCACCGGUGCUUCCCGAAGCAGACGGAAAAACAACCACCGCCACCACCACCACUUCAGACGACAACAACAACAUAGGACGACCACGAAGCAUUCUGAAACAGUCCAAGUCUCCGCUGCUGGGGAAGUCGUCGAAGCUGAGAGUGUCCAUCAACUUACCCGACAACGAGAUUUCGCUGCGCCAAACGAGCUUCUCGGAGCAUGAGAGAUCGAAAUUAGGCUCCUUCGCCGAGGGAAGAAUCGAAGAAGGAGGAAAAGAGAGGCAGAGAAGAACGGUGGUUGAAGUUCUGAGAGAGCUAAACGCCGACGUUUUGGGGUUGCAAGACGUGAAAGCGGAGGAAGAGAACGGGAUGAAGCCUUUGUCGGAUUUGGCGAGUGCUCUGGGAAUGAACUACGUCUUCGCUGAAAGCUGGGCUCCUCAAUACGGCAACGCCGUUUUGUCUAAGUGGCCCAUUAAACGCUGGAAGCUACAGAAAAUCUUUGAUCACCACGAUUACAGGAAUGUUCUGAAGGCCACUAUCGAUGUACCCCAAGAAGGUGAACUCCACUUUUACUGCACCCACCUUGAUUAUCUUGAUGAGAAUUGGAGAAUGAAGCAGAUAAAUGCAAUAAUUCAAUCUAAUGAUGAGCCACACAUUUUAGCUGGAGGCCUUAAUUCGCUUGAUGAAACAGAUUAUUCCCAAGACAGAUGGACAGAUAUUGUAAAGUACUAUGAAGAGAUGGGAAAGCCAACACCGAAGGUUGAAGUUAUGAAACAUCUCAAGAGCAGACACUACACGGAUGCUAAGGAUUUUUCAGGGGAAUGUGAGUCUGUUGUCAUGAUUGCCAAAGGACAAAGUGUACAAGGGACAUGUAAGUAUGGAACUAGGGUUGAUUACAUAUUUUCUUCCUCAGAUUCUCCAUAUAAAUUCGUUUCUGGAUCCUACUUAGUCCUAUCUUCCAAAGGGACUUCAGAUCAUCACAUAGUGAAAGUUGAUGUGGUAAAAGUAAAUAGUAAUCCUCAGGAAAAUCUGACAAAGAAGCAGGGACAACGAAGACAGAAAGUUGUAAGAAUAAAAUCAACUCCAUCGAAAUGUAUAUGGAAAACACACAAUGGAGAUAUAGAUUGAAUUCUUUUCUUUCCUCAUUUUUUUAAUUAAUACGACCGAAUAUACUUUGGAGAUGGAGCAGUUAGUUUUUUCCCUACUUCCUAAUUGUGUUCUGUAUAUUCUUCAAAAGAAUUACAUGAAAUAAGUAUGAGAUAUGAUAAGUUACACA